AUGCAAGACCCAUUGGAACGAUUAGCAGAGAUCCUCGAGCAGCGUAUCAAUCCUAGAGGCAACCAACCAACACCUGCUAUCUCAGCCCUAGAACAGUUUCGGAAGCUCACACCUCCAUCUUUUUCGGGUACCACCGACCCUUUGGUGGCGGAGGAUUGGAUUUUACAAAUGGGGAAGAUUUUUAUAGUGUUAAAUUGUGCAGAGGAGCAAAAGGUGUCAUUUGCCACCUUUAUGUUCAGAGGGGAAGCUGAACAUUGGUGGAGGGCAACCUUAAGAUUAGAAAGGGCUGCCCAGAGACAGAUUGAUUGGGAUAGAUUUGUGGAGCUUAUGAAUAAGAAAUAUAUCCCGGAAAGUGUUAGGGAUCAGUGGGCUAUUGAAUUUCAAGGUUUGCAACAAAAUAACAUGACGGUCCAAGAGUAUGAGGCUAAGUUUACUCAACUAUCAAGGUUUGCUCCACAUUUGAUCGCUGAAGAAUCAGAUAAGGCUAAGAAGUUUCAAAGGGGACUCAGGGAAAAUAUCAGAGGGAAACUAGUGGCCCUCAGAAUCAGGAACUACACAGAACUGGUGGAGACUGCGUUUGAAAUUGAGAAAGACCUGCUAGAGUAUCAGGAGAUCCGCAAUAAGAAGCAGAGUUUAGUUAAACGCCCACGAACAGAAGGAGGUCCCACAAACGAUAAGUCAUCAUCGAAUCAGCCCGGGAGGUCAGCGACAGCAAAAUUUCCCUUUCGUUGUGAUCGAGCAAAUCAGCCAAAUAAGUCAGCAGCCUGCCCUAGAUGUGGCAAUCAUCACUCUGGAUGA